AUGGCGCGCUCGUGGUCAUGGCUCCCUGUGAUAUCGGUCCUCCUUCUUGCGUGGAAUGUACGCGCAGCAACGGUUACAUAUGAUUUCAACAUCACCUGGGUCAUCGCUAAUCCUGAUGGCGUUUUCCCGAGAGCUACUAUUGGCAUCAACAACCAAUGGCCUAUUCCCGUUAUCACAGCCACCAAGGGUGACCAGAUCAUUGUCAACGUGAACAACCAGCUCGGAAACCAGAGCACAUCUCUGCAUUUCCAUGGCCUUUUCCAGAACGGCACUGCGGCAAUGGAUGGUCCUUCUUACGUCACUCAAUGUCCGAUUCAACCAGGAAGUUCGUUCACGUACAAUUUCACUGCACAACAGUCUGGGACCUAUUGGUAUCAUUCCCAUACCCGUGGUCAGUAUCCAGAUGGUCUCCGAGGCGCGCUGAUCAUCCACGACCCCGAAUUUCCAUAUCAGGAUCGGGUUGAUGAGGAAAUCGUUCUUUCCGUCUCAGACUGGUAUCAUGAGCAGAUGGCAACUCUGACUCCAAAGUUCCUCAACAAGGCCAACCCAACUGGUGCAGAGCCAGUUCCACAAAACGCUCUCCUGAACGAUACCACGAACCUCAGGGUCUCAGUCCAACCUGGGAAGACCUACCUAUUCCAUGUGGUCAACAUCGGUGCUUUUGCAGGCCAGUAUCUUUGGUUCGAAGGCCACAAUGUGACCAUUGUCGAGGUUGACGGUGUCUUCACGGACCCUGUGGAGACCUCGAUGAUAUACAUUUCCGCUGCUCAGCGCUACAGCUUCUUGCUCACCACGAAGAACGAGACAGGAUCCAACUUUGCUUUCGUUGGCAGUAUGGAUACCGAUCUCUUCGAUCAACUCCCCGACGACUUAAAUUGGAACUCAACCGGCUGGCUUGUUUAUGACGAUACUAAGCCUAUGCCCACCCCGGCGGUAGUUGAUGCACCCUUUGAUUUCUACGAUGAUUUUGCACUGGUCCCAUUUGACAAGAAGCCCCUUCUACCUGAUGCGGACCAGACCAUCACUCUCGAUGUGAUUAUGGAUAACCUCGGUGACGGCAGACCAUACGCCUUCUUUAAUAAUAUUACCUGGGUCAGGCCUAAAGUACCGACACUCUAUACAGUAAUGAGCACCGGCGAGUCCGCCGCAGAUCCACAGGUCUACGGGGAGUUUUCUCACUCGUUUGUUCUCAACAGACACCAGAUUAUAGAUAUAGUAGUCAACAACCUAGAUUCCGGAAAACACCCUUUCCAUUUACAUGGUCACAACUUUCAAGCCAUCGCCCGUUCCGAGGAUGAAGCAGGUUCUUUCGACCCGACAAAUGCUACACAGACCAAGUUUCCCGCUAUCCCAAUGCGUAGAGAUACGUUCGUCCUGAGACCAGAAGGUCACAUUGUCCUACGAUUCGAGGCCGAUAACCCAGGCGUUUGGUUAUUUCACUGUCACAUAGAGUGGCAUGUUGACCAAGGUUUGAUUGCAACCAUGAUUGAAGCUCCAUUGGAUAUUCAGAAAUCCCAGACGAUCCCGCAAGACCAUUUCGAUGCGUGUGCUGUCGGCAAGAUCCCAACUGUGGGUAACGCUGCUGGCAACACUGAGGACUUCUUUAAUCUGAAGGGUGCAAAUACCGCACCAAAGCCGCUACCCGACGGCUUUACAGCUCGUGGUAUUGUGGCUCUGGCAUUCAGCGUUCUUGCCGGUGUUAUUGGAUGUGCUGUUAUUGCCUGGUACGGAUUGGCAGACAUGGGGGCAGCGAGCAUGGCUGCUGAAGAGCGCCGUGUUGCAGCUAUGGGGGCUAUGGGGUCCAUUAAGAGUAUAUCUGAUGUAUCUGAUCAGGCUGCGAUGAAGUGA